AUGUCGCUCAGAUACAUUCCCGUCUCCUUCAACCAGGUAAGCAGUUUCAACCAGGUGAGCCGUUUCAACCAGGUGAGCCGUUUCAACCAGGUGAGCAGUUUCAACCAGGUGAGCCGUUUCAACCAGGUGAGCAGUUUCAACCAAGUGAACACUUUCAACCAGGUGAGCCGUUUCAACCAGGCCAUCGGCGCCACAACCCCAGCCUUCACCGCCCUAUUCGUCGCCAUCGGCGCCACAACCCCAGCCUUCACCGCCCUAUUCGUCGCCAUCGGCGCCACAACUCCAGCCUUCACCGCCCUAUUCGUCGCCAUCGGCGCCACAACUCCAGCCUUCACCGCCCUAUUCGUCGCCAUCGGCGCCACAACUCCAGCCUUCACCGCCCUAUUCGUCGUCAUCAUCGCCUUCCAAACGCCAUCGGCGCCACAACCCCAGCCUUCACCGCCCUAUUCGUUGUCAUCAUCGCCUUCCAAACGUAUCCCACCACCAGUACCCAACCAAACAGAACCUUUUCCCUUCUUUCCCUCCCUCUCUCUCCCCCAUUUCCAGGCCAUCGGCGCCACAACCCCAGCCUUCACCGCCCUAUUCGUCGCCAUCGGCGCCACAACUCCAGCCUUCACCGCCCUAUUCGUCGUCAUCAUCACCUUUCGCACCGAAGCAGCCACCACCUACCUCACCAAUACCAAACCCCUUUUCCCCUGUCCCUCCCCUGUGUUCCUCCUCGCUUCCCUUCCCUCUUCUCCAGGCAAUCGGAGCCACAACUCCGGCCUUCACCGCCCUAUUCGUCGUCUUGGCGAAGAAGCGAGCCAAACACUGACACAGGUUGUGAGCUGCAUAAAGGUGGCUACCUAG